CAUCAGUACUUUGUUUAUGUGAUCCAAGAGGAUGGCUACCGUACUCUGCAAGGUUAAUUCUGGCCUCGCCAAGGCUGGGUUGCGACCCAUCACCACCAAUAACCUUCUCUUCUACUACACACCCAUGAAAGGAUGUGUGGCUUACAGUGCACUCAGCAUUCAAGUAUUCACCCCGGAACUUUUCCAGAAUUUCAAGUUCUUAUUGGUGCCAGAGUACAUAUCGCUAACCAAUGCCUGCUUACUGAACACCAUGACGGGAGUGGGCCUUUAUCUGUACUCCCGUCCUCACUUGGCACAAGCUACACCGAGGGACAAGCUCAUAUAUUGUGGUUUUGGAAGUGUAAUGUUUAACUUGGGAUCAAUGCUAUUAUGGGCUCUUGGACGCACUGUAGCUCCAGAGAGCCCAUUGUUACGCACUUUUGUGGGGGCUGCAGGGGCUGCUGGGGCACUCUACCUGGGAAGGAGCUAUGUCCUUUAUUUGGACAGCCUUGUUAAAGAAAGGGAAGAAUAAUUUUUUUUCAUUUAAUUAACAAUAACAGGUCAUGAAAACUUGUAUAUCUCAAAAUUUGGUCAUGCAAAGCACAAAAAGGUAUUGAAAUUCAGCUGCACAAGUCUACUGAAGAUAAUAUUCUAUGUAAGCAUUAUAUUGAUGUAUUUCAUAAUGGUGUCAUUUUUGUAACAACUAGACAGUGUAUUUUAAUUGAAUUACCUUUUACCUGCAAGAUAUGUGUUUAUAUAUUCUUUGCUUUAGUGGUCAAGGCAGCAAAUUUGCAGGAUAUGUGUCUCAUGUUUUUAAUAGCAUUAAGCAACAUGAAAUACUUUUUAUUAAUUAUCUGAUAAGACAAAGUUCUUAUAUGCCAUAAUUUCAUAUAUAUUAAUGAAAAAUAAGUAGGAUAAAUUAAGAAACUUCUACAUUAUAAUAUGUAAUACACUUUCAUCAUGUCAUCUACAUUUGUCAUAAUGAUUUGUAGUCAUAUAAUGGAAACUCAAAAUUUUAACAUCAAUGAGUGUGUGGAUGUGAUGUAAAUGUGAAUUUGAAACUUCCCAGUCUUACAAAACACACACACACACACACACACACACACAUAUAUAUAUAUAUAUAUAUAUAUAUAUAUAUAUAUAUAUAUAUAUAUAUAUAUAUAUAUAUAUAUAUAUAUAUAUAUAUAUAUAUAUAUAUAUAUAUAUAUAUAUAUAUAUAUAUAUAUAUAUAUACACACACACACACACACACACACACACACACACACACACACACACACACACACACACACACACACACAUGCAUACAUGUCAGCAAUGAGACAAAUAUGGCAAGAUUUUUUUUUUUUUUUUUUUUUUUUUUCUAUAAUAAGACUUUAUUACAUUUACUGUGAUUGAUUAAAAAUAUUAGGUAUUUUAGCUAGUCAUUUACAAAUGAGGCUUUGCAUGGUAGAAGCAUGGAAAGUAACAUCCCUCAGGAAACAGUUUUUUGCACACACAUUUCAUAGCAUAAUUGGGUAGCCCCAGGUUUUCCAAUUUCAAGCAUGUAAGAAAAUUCAUUAGUUGAAACCAUCAACUGCUGUAUGUAAGGAAAUUAGGGAAUAUCCAUCCAUAUGCAUAUUCCACCAACAGCAGUGUUUUUAUUCUACCUUAUGAUGCUGUACCAAUCAUUCAAAUACUGCAUUAUUCAUUAUUAUUCUUAUCGGAAAUUAUUAGUGAUUUCUCUUAGUGUACAGUCAUAUUGGUUCAAUAUCUUUUUUGUUAUUUGCUAUCAUCUACUUCAAUGUAACACCACUUUUGCAAUGUUACUUUGCAGAUUUCUUUUUGUUUAUACUCAGAAUUACUGUUAUGCCUUCUGUCCAUAAAAUUACAAAAUGGCACAUGAAUAUUCCCAAACUUUAGACAUGAUUUGUGAAAAUUACAUAUAUCAGCAAUUUCCAUGGUUUUACCUUGCACAACCUAAAGUUAAGAUUCAGUUAAGGAUUAACUUGCAAUCUUUGAUGUGAGGUAUGAAUAUGUAAUACUCCUAUAUUACACAAGUGUAACUUUAGCAUCAUUAAUAAUCUCCUUUUGUCAUGGGGACAUUUUCUAUCAGAUUGCUGUCAUGUGGCUUAAAUAACAGUGAUCACUAUCCAAAAUGUGUAAAUUGUUAUCAUAUGGUUUAGAUAGUGAUAAUGACUAUCUGAAGCGUAGUGUCUACCUGUAACUGCUAUAGCAGUGGAAGAUAUUAUCUGGAAAAGCAUUCUGUAGUGAGAGAUAUAUAUAUAAUUGAAUAAUUUGUGUAAGUAUUUGGUUAAUUGAAUGCUGUAUAAAUAAAGCUUUUAUAUAUUUCA